GGCGGCGGCGGCGGGCCCGGACGAGCGCCCGGAGGUGGCGGACGAGGCGCUCGGGGCCCCCAUGGGCGGGUGUGUGGGCGCCCAGCACGACUCCUCGGGCAGCCUCAACGAGAACUCGGAGGGCACCGGAGUUGCUUUAGGUCGUAACCAGCCUUUGAAAAAGGAGAAACCAAAAUGGAAAAGCGAUUAUCCUAUGACGGAUGGACAGCUGCGCAGCAAGAGGGAUGAAUUUUGGGAUACCGCACCAGCUUUUGAAGGCCGCAAAGAGAUUUGGGAUGCCUUGAAGGCGGCCGCUCAUGCCUUUGAGAGCAACGAUCAUGAACUGGCACAAGCAAUCAUUGACGGUGCAAACAUAACAUUACCGCAUGGUGCACUUACAGAGUGCUAUGAUGAGCUGGGGAACAGAUACCAGCUUCCCGUCUAUUGCCUGGCACCACCAGUCAACAUGAUCGAGGAAAAGAGCGACAUAGAGACUCUGGAUAUUCCCGAGCCACCACCCAAUUCUGGAUACGAAUCUCAACUCCGCUUGCGCCUUUCCACAGGCAAAGACCUCAAACUGGUGGUCCGUAGCACAGACACAGUGUUCCACAUGAAGAGACGGUUACACGCGGCCGAGGGGGUGGAGCCGACUAGUCAGCGCUGGUUCUUCUCUGGCAGACCUCUCACCGACAAGAUGAAGCUGGAAGAGCUGAAGAUUCCCAAGGACUAUGUCGUGCAGGUUAUAGUGAGCCAGCCUCUGCAAAACCCGACCCCAGUGGAGAACUGAAUGGUUCCCAGACCCCGCACUCCUUGUCACCUCCUACUCUAUGGCGUGAAAUUUAUUUUCACUGCUCCGAAUUCCCUGUGAAUGGAUUUAGUUCUGAGGAAUUACCAGUGAAAAAUUCCAUCUGUGAUGGAGACCAACAAAAAUAAUAAGAACACAAAGAGCCAGCCUUGAGACUCCUGUAAUUACAAUUUCUAAUUUGAGAGGCAGUUAAGAUACAGAUAACCGUUUAUUUUAAAACACUCACCGACUAUGUAAUUGCUGUAUUUAAAUGAUUUGGACUGUACAGGGAACAUUGCAUACAUGAAGAACAGCACCAAGCACCUUUUGAGUACAAAGUUUCCAGAAAUACAUAAAUCAAAUUAUAUGAUUUCCAGAUGCCAUCAGUAACAGUUAUAAAACAUAAGCCUUUUUUUUUUUUUUUCUUCUUAAUGGAAAUGGAAAAGACCAGUAUUGGAGGUUUACUUCUAUUCUCUUCUGGUUUGUUAUUCUUAGCUCAUGUCAUGUGGAGUCAUAGAGGAAUACAGACUGGCAGAUUGUGUCUCGGUGUUGCUGUCCCCACACACCUGUGUUGAACUCCUUAUUUACAUUUACACUACAUUUUGGUGCCUUCCAGCACAUUGGUGGCAGGCACCCUUCUGGAACUCUAGGCAAUAAUUUAGUCAAUGCAGUCAGGUCAUCAGCUGAUACUCAGUUGAAAAGCCUCUUGUCCUCUUGUUGCAUAGGUAUUUUGAAAUGUUUAUAUAAUAAUAAUAAGGCUGUUUUCAUAUCCAGGCUUAGGAGGUCACUGCUGUAUAAUACCUUCAUUGAUCUAUGUACUCUGCUUGAAACUUUUCAUAGCUAACUAUGACCCCAAAUGUGUAGGUCCUGGGCCAGGGAACACAGGAAUCAAUUACAACUAUUUCAACUAAGGAUAAUAAUUUCAUUCAUUGUAUCUUCUCCCACUUCGUAGGAAGGGUAUAGGAAAAACCCAUUCCUGGGAGAAAUAUGCCUAUCUUCCAUCUUUCAGAGAAAAAAUUCAACCCUCAAUUUACAAACAUGGAGGGUUUACUGGCAUUACUUAGACAUCAAGAGCAAGAUGAAAUGUUGAGAUGUUGCUUUAAACCUUAGUACUCUGACUUAGCAUUACCUCUCGUCACGGUCGGCAACAAUUUUUCCUCUCUCCUUAUUCAUUGCAAAAAGGCAAAUUAACCACCACCUGCCAGUUAGAUUCAGGGCCUUGGAGUUCUGCUGCGAUAACCUUGUUCCACACUGUGGCUGCAGCAGAGCUGCCAAGGACUAGGUUUCAUAAGGAAGCUUUUAAAGAUUCAUCCCAUAAGUGAGAAGGGGGCUUCCGUGACCAGUGUGACCGAGAGUCCCUGAGAUGGAGAAGAGGAGGCAGGAAGACACUCGGGCUCUUCUCAGUGGGAAAUACUAAACCUCCACACCUAUUUGGAUAUGAGGCUCCAUUAUUAAUUCUAAAGACAAAAUGAAACUUCUGGUUAGUUUAAAUGUACUGUUUAAGAUGGAAUUAAAUUUCCUGUGGCCUGAUUAAAUGUAUCUGUAAUUGUAACUUAACGUGUUUCUGAGAGCUUUAACUACUUUGCUAUUUUUUAUUCAAUCAUUUAAAGAUGGUGGCUCUAUCUAUUUUAGGUUUGCUGAUAAUUGAAUCUCAGUUCAAGAGAAAAAAAGCCACAUUAAUUCCAAAGGAGAAUUUUUGUAUUUCAAGAUGGAUGUGUGAGGGUAUUUUGACAGAUUGUCCCUGUCAGCAAAAAAGUUGUGUUCACUUGGGUGUCACAUUGCACAGCAGCAGCUCUCCAGAGUCUGUCAACUGGGAAAGAACAAAAGGUGUUUAAACUUCAGGAAAUGUGGUGAUGCCAUAAUAAUCUAUGACUGGCAAAAGGUCUGUCUUGUUUGUUGAGGAUUUGAACUCUCGUUAAGAGUUUAUUUUAUUUCAAAGGAACAUAUUCUCUGGGCAUGUUUCUCUAACCCAGGUGAGAAAACCAUGGUGCUGUUUAAUUGUAAAUAGAUUGAUACAAGAUUGGACCAAUACUUGAUGUGUAUAAUUUUAGUAUGUAGGA